AUGGGCAAGGACUGUGAGUCCAAGCACAGCACCACUGCUGUAUUAUGCUCUCGGAGUCUCGUACUUUUGCAGGCCAAGUGCCCGAUGUCCGCACCCACAUGCGCAGCACUGGCAACAGUGACCGGCGGCAAGCAUGACAAGGUAGCUGCCCUGGCGGUGACGAUCGAGCUGAGCUCAAGACAAGUGGAGGCUAGUACCGCACCACAACUGAGAACAUCAAUGCUCCGAAGGCUUGGGGGGCCUGGGAGCUGCCAGCUGAGCUCAGCCGGUCAGCUGAGGUUGAAAGAACUAAGUGAACGAAGUGUGAAAAGUUCAACAAAGUCAGCCCAGCGAAGGAACGAGGGGAAGCAGGUGCGGUUAGGUUAUGAAUGGAUAGAGUGUUACAGUGUUAGUGUCAUCGCGGAUGCUGAAAUAGGUGUUGAGGCCCGGGCUCCACUACCUCUUGGUACCCAGUGGUUCUAG